AGGGAUCGGACUUCAGACUCAGCUUUGGGAAGAGGAGGCGGCGGCGAGAGGAGCGAGGAGCGAACGCGGAGAGACGAACGCGGCGGGACGGGCGAUGCCAGCGCCGUGGCUAACUGCGGAGAAAGGAAGUUGUGUCGAGGCUUUGUGGCAGCCCGGGCGCGCGUCGACAACGAGGCGAGAAACUCACGGCCGAGUUGAGGAGGCCCCGAGGAGAAAGAUGCAAGGCGGCGGCGGCGAGUGGCGGCGGCGGCGCUGACUUUUAACCACCGUGCUCGUCGCGCGCAAUAAGCCGCCACGCGAAAGCCGAGUUGGAUUUUUUUUGUGUUUCGGUCGCCUUGCAGCCAGCCACAAACGUGUGCGGACUUUUGUUUGAUUUAAAACAACAGCAGCAGCAGCGCAAGUUGUUUGAUAGUAACUUGGUGCGCCUGUCACGUUACUGGGUGGGGGUUGUUGUUUUGGGGGGUUGUGGGGGUUGUGGGGGGUAAGGGACCCCUCAAGCCAAGGGGGUGAGCCGGCGAGGUCUUGGGGAUCCGUGCACGGAGCGCUGUGGCACAGCGCAGCGCGGGCGGGAUGAUCGCGAUGGUCAGGAUGGUGCCCCGAAGAGAGGCAGCCUGUCAUCAUCAUCAUAGCUGGACGUCGGUGCUGCCGCUGGCACUGCUGCUGCUUCUCACAUCCACGAGGACCUGGGCCCAACAGCAUGUUGGAGGAGGAGGAGGAGCAGGUGGAGACACCGGCGGUGGAGGAGGUGGUCGGGCCAUCUCUGUUCCCGAACACGGAUUCUGCCAACCCAUCUCCAUCCCGCUGUGCACGGACAUCCCGUACAACCAGACCAUCAUGCCCAACCUGCUGGGCCACACCAACCAGGAGGACGCGGGCCUCGAGGUGCACCAGUUCUACCCGCUCGUCAAGGUGCAGUGCUCGCCCGACCUCAAGUUCUUCCUGUGCUCCAUGUACGCGCCCGUGUGCACCGUGCUGGAGAAGGCCAUCCCGCCGUGCCGCUCGCUCUGCGACAGGGCCCGCCAGGGCUGCGAGGCGCUCAUGAACAAAUUCGGCUUCCAGUGGCCGGAGCGGCUCCGCUGCGAGAACUUCCCCGUGCAGGGCUCGGACGAGAUCUGCGUCGGGCAGAACCACACGGACAAAGCCGGACCCACGGCGCUGCCGCCCACGCCGCCGGGCGGUGGCGGCGGUGUCAUCGGAGGAAUCGGCGGUGGGGCCGGAGAUUUCGUGACCAUCCACACGCGAAGGCCCCCCGGCCGAACGCACCCGUUCAUGUGCCCGAGGGUGCUGAAGGUGCCUCCUUAUCUGAACGCUCAGCUCUUCAGGGAGAGGAACUGCGCGGCGCCCUGCGAGCCCAAGAAGCCCAACGGGCUGAUGUACUUCAGCGAGGAGGAGCUGCGCUUCUCACGCCUUUGGGUGGGCAUCUGGUCGGUGCUCUGCUGCGCCUCCACCCUCUUCACCGUGACCACGUACCUGGUGGACAUGCAGCGGUUCCGGUACCCGGAGAGGCCCAUCAUCUUCCUCUCGGGCUGCUACUUCAUGGUGGCCGUGGCGUACGUGGCAGGCUUCCUGCUCGACGACAAGGUGGUGUGCAACGAGCAGUUCUCCGAGGACAUCUACAGGACCGUGACGCAGGGCACCAAGAAGGAGGGCUGCACCAUCCUCUUCAUGCUCAUCUAUUUCUUCAGUAUGGCCAGCUCCAUCUGGUGGGUCGUGCUGGCGCUCACGUGGUUCCUCGCCGCGGGCAUGAAGUGGGGCCACGAGGCGAUCGAGGCCAACUCGCAGUACUUCCACCUGGCCGCGUGGGCCAUCCCCGCGGUGAAGACCAUCACGAUCCUCGCCAUGGGCUUGGUGGACGGCGACAUGCUCAGCGGCGUCUGCUUCGUGGGCAUCAGCAGCGUGGCGGCGCUGCGCGGCUUCGUCCUCGCGCCGCUCUUCGUCUACCUCUUCCUGGGCACCUCGUUCCUGCUGGCCGGGUUCGUGUCGCUCUUCCGCAUCCGCACCAUCAUGAAACACGACGGCACCAAGACGGAGAAGCUGGAGAAGUUGAUGGUGAGGAUCGGCAUCUUCAGCGUGCUCUACACGGUGCCCGCCACCAUCGUCAUCGCGUGCUACUUCUACGAGCAGGCGUUCCGCGAGCAGUGGGAGAAGACGUGGGUGUCCCAGUCGUGCAAGGGCUUUGCCAUCCCUUGCCCGGUGAAUCAUUACCCACACAUGGCGCCAGAUUUCACCGUCUUCAUGAUCAAGUAUCUGAUGACGCUAAUUGUGGGAAUCACGUCUGGCUUCUGGAUCUGGUCGGGUAAGACCUUGCAUUCUUGGAGGAAAUUUUAUACCAAACUUGCAAAUGGAAACAAAGGUGAAACCACGGUCUGAACUGAAGCAAGAUGGAAGGGGGCGAGGGGGGAAAACCCCUUCAAAUGUUGGGGUUUGGUCGCAACUGUAUAUUCUAUACAGAAAAUAGACACACAUAGUAUGCAUAUAAGUAAAUAUACAUAUGUAUGUAUUUUAGUCUGGCUUUUAAAAGGCAAUUUUUAUUCAAGCAGAUCCUUGUACAGACCUGUAAACUGAUUAUAUUUGUAUUUAAAUGACCAAUAGUCAAUAGUUGUUUUGUACAAUUUUUUUCCCUCAUGUGAAUAUCCUUAUAUAACACUGCAGUAUAUUAUAUUGCAUUUUUUGUACAAAUUAUUAGUUGGAACAUUAAAAUGCUGUAUACUUUUAACAACUUCCAACAUUGUUUGCUCUCCUUAUACAGAUCUCGCCAGGAGAGAUUUUUUUUAAACCCGUCAGCCGUGUGUGACAAACGUGACAGGGUCAUUAAGCCUACUUUUAAAUGUCAAACAGUGGUAAACUGAUCAGACAAAACACAAACGUAAAUGAUUGGAAAAACAUUCAGUGCCGACUUAACCUGAAGUAGCUUUUGACAUCGCUUUGUGGAGGAUAGAAUGCAAGUUGGCAAUUUUAUUUUUCAAGCCAAUAAUCCUGCAGCCUUGUGUUCACCGGCUAACUGUAAGGUAUAUAUAUUUUCUUAAACAAUUGUAAACUCAAGCCUCACUGCUCAUUUCGACUGCAAUUGCCGCAUUACAAAUUUACUUGACUUGUACAUUAUUCGCACAUUAUUCGCACAAUUACAAUUCGUUUUAAACAACGGACGACUGAGCGAUACGUAUAGGUAAGGCAUUCAUCAGUUCCGGUACAAACCUGUACACGUAUCUUUGUUUCAAUACAAAUUAUUUUUGGGGGUCAAAUAAUGAACCAAAAGACGCAAAAAAAAACAUCCAGAAGUUGGCAUUUUAUUGCUUUGUUUUCUGCGGGAGAAGGCAUAGAGAGUUACGCUCUUGUAAUUUAAAAACUGUGACCCAAACUUUUUUACAAAAAAGAACACUUAAAAAAAUAUAAAUGCAGUUGAUCAAACUAGAACAUUUUAAAACGUACAAUUCCCUUUCAGAACGCUGCAUGCACACACAAACUGCUGGGUCACACGUAUGCGGAUCGUAAUUGUCGUUUGCAUGAGCGCUGCUUAUAAAAUCUUAUGGGGUUAAGCACGCCCUCUACGGUUGCCAAUGAGUUAACUUGCUCUUAAAGUCUGUCACCAAUGCAAUUCAUUGCAUUGUGGUGAUAUUUAUACGACUGCCAGUGACAACUUAUAACGCCCGUGCGUGUACAUAUAUCCGAUCAGACUUGCUGCUGGCACAACAAAAACAAAAACCGAACGUAAAGAGUAGACUGCCCACUUUUGAUUUCUUAACGUGACCUGACCAUUAUUUCACCCCCAGUGCAAAUUUGAUCCAAGUUUUGUUUCAUGCACACACAGCAUACCGAAGUCACCAGCCCACGCACCAAUAACAACGCAACAAUUAAAGCGUCCUCAAUGUUGACGCAACAGCAGCGUAACACAGAUUUUUUUUUUUUUAAACCCUCAUCGCCUUCAUGUCUUCAUUUUUUUUAUGUGCAUAUUUAAGAGGCAAAUGUUAAUAAAUGUUUCAUAGAGCGUUGUUCAUCCGCAUGCAUUUGAUCUGGGUGGCAAUUAGUUUGGGGGAGCAGACAGGGCUGAGUUGCUUGCAGCCCAGUCGUGUUCUCUGGGGACUCAAAGGCUUUUCUGCAGCUGUCUUUCAUCACGUAGACACAUGUCAUGCCCGCCUUCUCACGUUGCACCGGAGGCCAUGGACUGGAGGUUUUAAAGAGAAAUAAAAUCCCUUCCUCUCAGGAAAUGGUGCACGAAAGAGGGGGGGGGGGGGGACAGUCCUACUUACCCCUCCCACCCGCCGCAUCUCUCAAAUGCAAACCCGCCGCUCACGCAUACACUUCUCGUAUAAAUGCCGUUCUUAAAUUUUCAGCGCUUACAUUUUUUUUUUGGUUGAUACGCUGAGCCAUCGACCAUCCGUCUGCGCUUAUAGUUUGGCGUUAUCGCGUCGAUUGAAACGUGCGCGCGCCAAGAAUGCGCCCCAGGUACUUGCUUGCAUGCAGCAACGGUGCGGUGUCUACAACAACAAAAAGACGGUUUACAUCACGUUCAUAAAUGUCAAUGCACAUGUAUUUAUUUAUACACAGUACAAUUAUUUUUGUAUGAGCAAUAGCUUACUCCAAAAAAAAUGGGACGUAACACUACACCACAUGUAAAAUUAAGCUUUCGUACACGAAAAUGCACUGCAUUAUUACCAUUUGUAAAGGUACUUGCUUUACCCCAUGGCUGGCUAAUAGGAAUCAAUAUUGUACAGCCCCCGUGUUAAUCAACUGCUGGAUGGAGGAUCGUGAGGAAUGUUUGACCAUACUGCAUCACGCUUGUCAGCGCGGGUUUGUGACUGGUGUAUGGAUGCCCUGGACUUCCAUCCCUCGUGGCUGAUGCAAGGCAUGACCGGGAAUCGAACUUAGGACGCAGGAUUCGGAGCACAAACAUGGAAACCAACCGCGACACCACUCGUACCAGCCGUAACCAACGACACCCCAAUGCGAAAAUAGAAAACCCAAUUCUUAUGACAUUUUCAUCGAGAAAUACAUCAUUUCAAUCCACGGUAGUCGAUCUUCCAAGAGCUUGCCAACGAAAUAAAGCUUUAGCACAAGAUUGUCUGGUUUCAUGCAAUGCUUAAAAAAAAUGGUCGUGUGGAUGGCAGGGGUCGGGGUGGGGGGGGGGUGAAAACAAUUGUGUUUGGCGCAGUUCGGAGUAACACUGGAAUGUGAGAAUACACACACACACGUACACGCGCGCGUCCGCAUGCCAAGCGUGACUGGCCACUCCUGGGGUAGCCGAUGCCGUGCUGGUUUUGGCUGCUGACGUGCUCGCCUUGCCUUGCUUUGCCUUCAUUUGCCUUUCUGCUACUGGGCUGCACCAAGAGCAGCGGAAUGAAAGGAGAGACACAAAUAGAUUGUUAUUCGAGCCGACGGGCCAUUGUGCUGUAGGGUUUCGACCCUGGCGCCUGAAAGGGCAACUUUCCCCCCCCCCUCGCCUUCACCAGCACCACCAAACUCGCCCCCUCGGCCGGCACCUUCCCUGCCACCACCACAGCAUUCCCCUCCCCACCCUCUCCCUGCCACUCUUUUUCUCCUCCACUCUUCUUGUAUCCAGCUCCCAAACAAAAAACCACCCCCUUCUAACAGCUCCUUAAGCAUCUGAAUCAGCCAGAGAAGGAGCCUUAUCUAAAACGAUUAAAAUAUGCCAGGGAUGGACUCUGAAAACGUAAAAGAAAAUAACAGAAUAAAGUGUUGAAAACGUUUGUAUGUAUUUUUAUGCAAAAACAAACUGCUGUAUCUAUGAGGGUUUACCGAACAAGAUGAAAACCAUAGUUUGUAGGUACGUUCAAAUUAGGCUCUGGAUUCAGCCCUCCUUCCACAUUCCUAUAUUCAAGUCAUUCUACAUCGAAAAUGUCUCAUGCAUAGGGGGUGCAGUAAACAGCAAGAAAACGCCGUCAUCACCAUCUCGUCGUUUACAGAUUCGAUUAUUUUAGAUUUGAAGCUUUCGUGACUGCAAGGACUGCAAGGAUCCAUACUCUUCGGUUCUAUUUUUUGUUGUUUUAUACUUUUACGUGACUACCGAAUAGAACCAAAGAGUAAAGAUUCGAUUAUUGUUGGCAUAACCAAGAUAAUGGGGCCCACGGUGUGGAAGUAGAGACUUCAAAUGUAUUAUAUAUGGUUCCAAGAGGCAGAUUGUUCUAUACGAAUGCAUCGUAAUCACGAUGAAACCAGUAUACAGUUGUGUAUCUGUACCACUGCUGCUUGUCCGUCGGUCACAUUUGCUCAUUUAUUUUGAUGACUAUAGGCAAGAAGACCAAGAACGAUGCUCCUCUUCAGAAACUGAUGACGGUUUUGCAUAAUGGGUGCUUUUGAUGCGUUUUUUUGUGUGUGUUGACCGAAACUUGCGAAAGCUACGACAGAAUGCAGGAUUGGCAAAAGCGGAUCGUAUCACACUGCUCGGGUCUUUUUAAGCGCUUGCCGUUUGUUUAAUCUAUGUAUCGCGUCCUCCCACAGACUUUUUAAACCCCCUACUUGAAAUCAGGUUAUGCUACGGGGCUUGCCCCUCUAUCCACCAUUCCACUCUUUGAGAAACCUUGCUAUUGCUGGUCUGGUUUGGAUUUUUAUCCCUGAUCUUGCUGGCAACAUUGUUGUCCAACUUGAGUUAUGAGGCAAAAAGAGUUUCCAGAUGUGGAGUUGGCUUUUAAAUAUAUAUAAUAUGCUUUCAUACCGUAUGCCCUCUAAAGGAAAUAUUUCAUUAUUUUACUACUUUUCAUAUCCAAUAUCUUUUAAGUUAUGUGGGUGAUAGGACAUUGCUAUUUGAGAUAUUUCCUGUUUCAUCUCAGUCGCGAGCUGAACUACAAUGACAAUCUUUCUUGCUGUAACAUUUUCAGAUUUGCUUACUAAGCUUAACUUGUAGACAAACAUCCAUUUGCACAGUUGACACUGACGUUUGGUACUGCUUGUUACUGGAAAGUUCGACUCCUAGCAUUCGUGAGAUGGGAGUGAUUGAGAACUGUCAAGUCAAGCUGAACUGUGUAGAUAAAUGCACUACAUCGUACAACUAUUUUGUUUGUUGAUGCAGUGGCUUGGAGUAUUACAAAGGUUUAAUCGCACAAGGUUUUUCUUUAUCUAUUUGAAGUUGAGCCACUCUUGAUUGCGGAACAAAUGGUUUAUUUGCGUGACAUUUCUAUCGUUGCAUAGGGGCAAUAGGGGUGAAGGGUGGCACAGUGAUUAUCGCACUGCGAUAUGAACCUGGCGAACCGAGUUAAAUUUCAGGCCACGGCUAAGAUCGGUGGUGAGUGAUAUCUGAUCCAGUUCUAGCCCCCAUCUUCACCCAAAUGAGCUAACCACCGCUGUGAAGUGUGGUCAAACAACCUCCAUGACUGGCAUGAUAUGGGGAACCUUCAUUCAGCAAUGGAUUGACAAAGGGCUGUAAAUUAUUAUUGUUAGAAAUGUAUCCUGCGUAUUAUGUUUUUGUGCCAUUCUUGUAGCGCAAGACUAUCAUAAUGACGUUGCCAUGUGGUUUUACCUGAUUAAAUAAUUUGUGGGUAUUUUUGUUUCAAUAUGGACUGUGAAGCUGACACAAGUGACCUUGUCUUGUGCAAAAAAGUAUGACAGGAUAUUUAACUUUGAAGCGGACUACACAUGUUACUCAUGAAUACGCCCACAGUAUUAACCAGGGCAGCUACUGGGAUCAAACUGUGAACCCCUUCAGCAAGCAGCAAACACGCUAUCACUCAGCCAUGUUACAGGGGUAAUAAAGGCGGUUUUUACUUGAUGAAAAACAGCAAUACCAAUUUAACAAAAAAACUCGUGCAAGUCUUGCCUUUGUGCUUCAAAGGAGCACUCAAUCUUGCCACUUCCACUCCCAGUUAUGAGGCUGUUUGAUUGAAAACGCCUUCCCACAUUUCUGGGAAUUCUGGGAAAGUGAAGCCAGAAGAAUACUGUAGCUGCCUCCUAAAACACUAUGCCAAACCCUUGCCUCCUCAAACACCACCCAUGGCAAUUAUAUUGUUUGACAAGACCAAUGCUCAACCACAGCUGUAAAGCAGAUGUCAAGGCCUGAUCGUACACACUGCUUAAACAGAAUGUUUAAAUUUGAAAUAUACAGUACACCAUACAUAUGAAACAGCUGUCCAGAGUUUGUUCCACAUGCUCGACAAUAAAUUUCACUUCAAGGAUG